UCAGCUCUUCUUGUACGCCUGCAUGAGGUCGUCAGCGAUAGAGUAGGCAAUCAUGGCCGCCAGCGCCAGCAUCAGCCCCACCGUGGCCCAGAAGGGCCGCCGCUCGAUACACGAGCACCCCCACACACUUAAUGCGCUCAUGCCAGUCCACAUACUGCCGCAGCAGCUGCUCCAGCCGCUCCGCUUCAGACGCCGAGUGCAGCGUCGACGCGUGUGAGCGGGGCGACUCCUCUUCCCCAGCCGCUUCAUGCUCGUCUUUUGCCGGCGACGUGUCGUCGGGUAGGUAGGGCGCCAGUUUGUGCCUCAUCCGCCGCUUGCUGCCUUGGUGCCGCUCCUCCCUGCCACCCUCCUCAGCGCCGUUCAU